AUAGCAAUCAACUUAACUCAUUCAGUGCUAGACGAGGCUAGACGAGCAAAAAGACAUGGGCCCUUGAUGCGAAUAAUGCAGAGGUAAGCGGGAACGAACCCCGCGGCGGGGACCACGGCAGCUGCGUGGAGCGACAUCGGCGGGGCUGCGGGACGGCGGCAUCAGCAUCUGGUUUGGGGCUGACUCAACGUGAAAAGCUUCAUAUUGCGGUCAGGUCUCUUUGUUCCUCUUUAACUCUUGCUUUUCUGAGACUCACCGUCGCUGUCGAGAUUCAAUUGACUGCUAUUCCGCCUGUUCUUCGUCCCAUACUUGCGCCUUUACCCCUCCGCAACCCCCCCGCAACCCCCCCGCAACCAUGGCUUCUUUCCCUCCUCCCCCCGUCAACACCAUCGACUGGUCCAACGUGGGCUUCAAGAUCCGCGAGGUCAACGGCCAUAUCGAGUCCACGUACACCAAGUCCACCGGGAAAUGGACGCCCCUCCGCUUCGUCGCCGACCCCUUCAUGCGCAUCCACGGCAUGGCGCCGGCGCUCAACUACGGCCAGCAGGCGUACGAGGGCCUCAAGGCGUUCCGAUCGCCUGGCGACGCGAGCAUCACCAUCUUCCGGCCCGACCGCAACGCCGUGCGCAUGCAGCACUCGGCCGAGGUCGUGUCGAUGCCGCAUGUGCCCGUCGACAUGUUCCUCGAAGCCUGCCGCGCCGCCGUGGCCCUCAACGCCGAGUUCGUCCCGCCGCACGAGACGGGCGCCGCGCUGUACAUCCGCCCGCAGAUCUACGGCUCCAGCGCCCAGCUGGGCCUGUCGCCGCCCGAGGAGUACACCUUCUGCGUCUUCGUCAUCCCCACGGGCGUCUACCACGGCUCGCACCCGGUCAAGGCCCUGAUCCUCGAGGAGUUUGACCGCGCCGCCCCCAACGGCACCGGCAACGCAAAGGUCGGCGGCAACUACGCCCCCGUGUUGCGCUGGAGUGACAAGGCCCGCGAGGAGGGCUUCGGCAUCACCCUGCACCUGGACAGCGCGCGCCACGAGGAGGUCGACGAGUUCAGCACCAGCGGCUUCAUCGGCGCCCUCAAGAGCGGCGACGACGUCACCCUCGUCGUGCCCGACUCCAAGUGCGUCAUCGACAGCGUCACCAGCUCCAGCAUCCAGGACCUGGCCCGCAGCUUCGGCUGGAAGGUCGAGAAGCGCCCCAUCAAGUACCGCGAGCUCAAGGACUUCCACGAGGUCAUGGCCGCCGGCACCGCCGCCGCCCUGGUGCCCAUCCGCUCCAUCACCCGCCGACACGAGGAGGUGGAGGAUGUGGUCAACUACAUUCCCGCGAGCCAGGAGGAGGCCGGUCCCAUCUGCACCAAGCUGCUCACCACCCUGCAGAGCAUCCAGCUGGGCAAGCUCGACGACCCCUUCAACUGGCGCUUCACCGUCAGCGAGGCCGACAAGAACGUCGCCGGUGUGUCUAGCGGAUCAAAUGGCGAUGCUCAGACGGUGGACCAGAUGGAUUAAAUAAACCAAGUACCCAAAAAUAAUUGAAAAGGCGAAUUGCUUCCAUUUAUACGAUGGGAUUGGAAUGGCACUUAAAAUAUGUACAUCUGGGCUCGCAGUUGAUAAAGAAAUCCAAGUCAGAUACUCGCGUCAUGUGAACUUGCAUUGCAGUUGCGUCUUAACACGACGACAGAUUUGACUAUAGUUACUACUUUGCCUAGAUCUAUACCCUCCACAAAUCCCUUCAAGUGAACUGAAUAUCAUUUGCUAUUGUGAUCACAAAUCAUACUUCUCGAUCGCCGCAUCAAAGGCAUCGAUGAUGCCCUGGACAAGGGUCUCGGCAAAGGCUUGCAACGAUUCAGGCACCUUGUCAAUAACAGCCGAGGAAAAGUCCUGUGUGGCUUU